AUGCCGCACCACAACAUCGUUUGCGAGUGGCUGCGUACCAUUGGCCUGGCCCAGUAUGGCGAGAGCUUCCUCGAGAAUGGCUACGAUGAGCUCGAGAUUUGCAAGCAAAUUGGCGAAAUCGAUCUGGAUGCCAUUGGCGUGGACAAUCCCUCGCAUCGUGGUAAGCUGCUGAAGGCGUGCUUGCUGUUGAGCUGUUGUAUUGGGCUGUUAAUAAACUACAGUCUGGCCCUGCCGCGUUACACAGCCGGCAGUGAAACAAUCUUCUCCUAUGCAGGCAGUCCACAACCGCCGAUGGCAUUAACAGGGAAUUACAAUCUAAUUAUGCCCGAUUAUUAUGAUCAUCAUCCGGCAGAGUCAAUGCAACUGCAGAACUUUGCCAGUUUCUAUGAUGCUGAAAUGAGUCCGGGCAAUGAUCUGGGCAUGGAUGAGUCACAGUUCCUCUCCAGCACACCUGUCCGUAGACCACAGCCCAUCAAUGCCGAGGAGCAACGCAUCCGACAGCAAUUGCCGACUGUGGACAUCACGAGGGAGAAGAAGGCACUGCAGAAACUGAAGAAGGGCAGCACAGUGCCUCGAGGUGCCGAAUAUCCGGAAUGGGAUCAGUUUGAUUAUGAUCUUUAUGGUGUGAAUCCCGGCGAAAACAAAAAGUACAAUCACGACUUCUAGAAAAAAAAACGUAUAAUUGAGAGCAACUAUGGAAUUGUUGUUCAUCUUUAUCUGUUUCUUGUUUUUGUUAAGUAAUGAAAUAAAUUAUUUAUUUAU